UAAUCAGUUCUCUCAAUUGUAACUAUCGUUUCGUUUCGAGACAGCAAUCCUUAAACCAACAAUCAUGAAGUGCAUCGCAGCUGUAGUCAUGAUGGCCGUCGCCCUCGCCGUUGCUGAAGGAUCCAUUGUCCCACUGGCAUAUUCCUCUCCGCUGGCCCUCGCUGCCCCACAUACCACCGUUGUCCAGCAGAACCUGGGUGCUCCACUGAUCCACGCCGCUCCAUUGGCUUACUCUGCCAUUGCCCCAGCUAUUAGCUAUGCUGCCCACGCUUCCGUGAUCCCAACCGCUUACGUUCAUCAGCCAGCCAUUGCCGUCCUUGCCCAAAAGGAGGGCCGUUAUGUGGCCGCUACUCGUGGAGCUGUCCAUGAUGCCCCACUCGCCGGACACGCUAUCUCUCAGCAGUCUCUGAAUUUGGCUCCAGCCCCAGGAACUCUGUAAGCUCCAGAAAUGCUGCUUGGGGUAGGCGACUUUUGUAUGAAGAAAUUAAUUGAAUGCUUGUCUGUGAUUUGUGUAUGG